AUGGCUGCAGUACGCCAAAGCCUUUUCUGGCGCGUUCCUUGGACGUUGUAUGCGUGUUCCUAUCUCUGGGGGCUGUUGUUGCCCACGCCGCAAUCAGUGUUGCUGAAGGGUGGUGUGCGGGUUUCAGCGGAUUCCGUUUCGCAUCAACGAUUGAGUCAUUCGUCACCUAGUGUUUUUCUGCCCUGCCAAGAGGCUGACUAUGCGUCGACCGUCGAGUCGGUCGAGAGUCACAUCGAUGCCAAAGCGAGUCUCUUGAGCACCAACAACAUACGCUCGCGUUCGCUAGGUUCCGAAGGUCGGCGACACGCGGUGCAGAGUAUCGAGAGCCGAGCGACAGCAAAGAAGUCCCACGGCCUUCGGAGUGUUUACACCACCCCAGAGCGUCACGCCGUUGACUCACGUCUGGCGGAGUGGGACCGGUACGCGCGGCAAAAUGACAUCGGACACGACGAAUAUGUAGCUGAGACGCGAGAAGAGUCAGACACACACCAGGGGGUGAUCGCAGAUGCUGAUCCGAGGGCUAGGAGAGACGAGGACUUCAGUAGCGCGCUGCUCCGCACUGGGUACUACACAGCACCCGCCAUCGAAAUUCCAUCCGAUCCUGAAGCCGUGAAGGAGCUUGCCGAUAUGGUAGCUACAACUAACACCCAUGAGCUUGUUUCUCACUCGCGAAAGAAGGACCUGAUCGCCACGUUCAAUUUCUACCUUCCCCCAGAUGAGCCCUUCUCUGUCGAGUCUCCAUCGGAAGAAUUCAGUCCGAAGGAAUUUGUAAGGGGCCGCCUCCUUGGUGUGGGAGGCAAUGGCCUAGUUUUCGAGGCACAGGACAGUGAGGAAAGUGUCUACGCGCUUAAACUACUACUCAUACGCAUGAAGACGUUUCUUGCGGCGGUGGGCGACAGAGGCGAAAUGGCGUGGAAACUGGAAGAGAGUCGCUCUUUCUCCAGAGCCCUCCAUAAGGAAAUGAAAAUCUUAAGUAUUUUCCCGCCAGAUAAAACGGCAGACCAGUUGUAUGAAGAAGGCUUCGUUCUCCCGUUAUUUCAGGGCGUGAUUUCAGGCAAGCCAAGGAUUACUCCCCUGACAGAGGAGUUCGGGGCCACAAGCGUGGUCGUCGGAUUUCAUAAAGUGGCGUGUAGUGUGGGACAACUUGUCGGCGCUCAUCGGCUUCACGACCGUGUCAAGAUGGAGCUUACGCGGCAGAUGAUCGGCCUCCUUGCCCGACUUCACAGCUACGAAAUUCUGCACGCAGACGUCAAAUGGGAAAACUUCUUCCUUGAUGCGCACGGGCACGUCUUUCUCGGGGACUUCGAGCAGUCACAGGUUUUGGGUCAGGGGAAGACUGCGCCCUGUGGGCCGCGAGGUGGAGGAACGCCGUCGUUACACGAACCGGCACGCGCAGCAUGUUACUUCGGCGAUCCGGAACGCCGACUCACCCUUCUGGCUAGCCGUGACAGCUGGUCACUCGGAGUCAUUUUGUACAAACUGUGGUGUAGCCGCUUUCCGUUCGGACUGCGGUUCACUCCUGGUGACGUACCGCGGUAUAUGAAGAGCGUCGCCGCCAUCGCUCGCGACGGCUUGGUCGCCGACUUCGACAGUUGCCCGGCAUCGAGUUCCGUCCCCGGCGACGUGAAAGAAUUGAUUGCGGCGUUGCUGUAUCACGAUUGGCAUCACCGGGAAACACCUCUAAGCCUUAUCAGCAAGUCGCCUGUCUUCCAGCGCCCGACUUCUGAGAAGACAGAGUCACCCACUGAGUAG